AUGUCGAGAAACCGGUACCAUUUAUUGAACACUUUCUUGCACUUCAACGAUAACGAUCAGCGGGUAGCAAGGGGACAGGAAGGAUGCGAUCCUCCCUUCAAGGUUCGGCCACUGUUAGAUAUGAUAGAUGUGAGAUACACUGAUGCUUAUGCCCCGGACAAGGAACUCUCUAUCGAUGAGUCUAUGAUUAAAUUCAAAGGGCGGAUUUUUUUCCGCCAAUAUAUGCCCGCGAAGCCAACUAAAUGGGGAAUCAAAACCUUUGCAUUAUGCGGGAGCAACACAGGUUAUGGAUUGCGCUUCCUGAUACACACAGGAAAGAAUACUUUCAGUGCUGAUAGAUCUUCUGAACAGGAAUUGAAAGUACAGGGAAUUGGAGCGUGUGGUACAGUCAAGCCUAAUAGGAAGUUCAUGCCUUUUGCCAUGCAGCCAUCUGCUUUGGCAUUAGAUGAAGGAGAUGAUCCAGAAUUCGUGCGCACCCAAGAUCUUAUAACAUGUGCCAUGGUAGACACCAAACGCGUUCAUUUCCUAAGUUCUGUGCACUCUGACAAUACAUUCGACAAGGUUGUUCGGGAUAGAAAAGCAGCAGGCGGAAGACGAACAGUUGUGCGACCCGUUAUGUGUGACGCAUAUAAUUCUCAUAUGAAUGGCGUGGAUGUUUUAGACCAAAAGCUUGGAUCCUAUAGUUACCCGCACAAAUCCGCUAAAUGGUACAUGACAGUCUUCCACCGACUUAGAGAAGUGGCCCUAGUCAAUUGGUAUAUUAUCUACUGCAAGUCUGUACAGGAAGGAGGAACACCCAUGACAACUGUAACAUUCCGUGAAAAGGUAAUUGACGGAUUACUUGAAGGAUGGGACCUGUGUGCGAGUAAGAAAGGCAGGCCGUCGUUAACAGAAAAGCCUGACCGAUUGACCGGGCGACACUUUCCGGGACAGUACACUGACCCCAAGUAA